AUGUCUGAAGAAACAAACGCAAUAAUUAAAAUAGAACCAAUUGAAUAUCCACAAGUUAAACAAGAAUUGGAUGAUUAUGAAAUAUCAGAAAUAUAUCCUGACGAAGAGGAAAUAUAUCUACAGCGAUUUUCAAAAUCUGAGGAAGAAAUAAAGCAAGAAACAUUUGAUCAAGAUGAAACAAGUUUCCAUGAAAGACCUUUUGUGGAAAGUGAAGAAAUGUGUCGACAGCAAUUUUUAAAAUCUGAGGUAACAAUUGAGGAACAAAUGAAGCAAGAAACAUGUGAUGGACAAGGCGCAGUCACUAACAAAGAAAGCGAAGAAAAACCUUUCAUAUGUAAUGAAGAAAUAAACAAUCCAAGCAAUUUAGAAGAUAAUACGAACAAAUCAUUUGGAAGGACUUCAGAAGAACAUCAAAUAACCCAUAUAUGUGAUAUCUGCAAUAAAAAAUUCACACAACUACAGCUUUUCCAAAAACAUUUAUUAUUGCACGAUGAAGAUCGUCCUUACAGUUGUGAUUUAUGCGAUAAAAGAUUUACACGAUCAAACCAUUUACGCAGACAUUUAUCAGUGCACACUAUAGAACGCCCUCAUAAAUGUGCAACGUGUAAUAAAACAUACAAAGCAAAACAAACAUUGAACCAGCAUGAAUUGACCCAUACUAAAGAACGACCUUAUGAAUGUGAGUUAUGCCAUAAAAAGUUUGUUUUAUCAAGUGAUUUAGAAGUGCAUGCAUUAGUGCACACUUUAGAAGGUCCUUAUAAAUGUGAAAUAUGCAAGAGGACAUUUAAAAGAAAACAAGAUUCAAAACGACAUAAAAUGGUCCAUACUGAAGAACGACCUCAUGAAUGUAAGAUAUGCGGUAAGGGAUUCAAAACAAAACAAACAUUAUUUCAGCAUGAAGUGAUCCAUAGUAGAUAA